AUGAGGGCUUCACUCCUCUUCUUCUUCCUGCUUUGUCUUCCUGGCUGUUGGGCCGAGGUUGGCUGGCCGCUUGGCUGGCCAGCCUCACUGGAAUUUCUCUCCCGUCCUGAUGCCGAUUUUCUAGCUUUUGUGAACCCUUUUGCCAGCAUGACGGUCCUGACAUACACAGCAACUUCGGGCUCCUACUACAAACCGUCGGCACAGAACAAGUCCGUGGAAGGAUGGGUGCGCAUGUGGCCAGAGGCUACCCCGGAAGAAGGGAUGAGGGCUUUGACCUUCGUCCAGCUGAGCUCAGGACGUGGCGUCCUCGCAUUUCGUGGUACGGACUUGGGAACGGGCCGAAGUGCACAAGCAGAUUCCUGCGCAAAUGCCGAGUUAGCAGGGCAUCCGCUGCCCAAGUAUUGCGAUCAAUUCACGGCCUUCCAGCUCGACUAUCUUUCCCGUGCUCUCGAGUUGGCCCAGAAAGCCGCGCAAGUGCACCCGACGGUGGAGUGGCUGUACACUGGCCAUUCCCUCGGUGCAGAGUUGGCAAGUGUGGUUGGUGCUGUGAGGGGAGCACCUGUGCUCUCUUUUGCUGCUCCGCCAAUCCUGCCUGUGCUCAAGAAGCGCACUUCGGUUGACCCGAAGCAGCUGCCUUACUGGAAGUCUGUAUCUCUUUACAACGAGUUCGACCCACUCCGAUUCCUCGCAUUCGGAGAGCUUCCGGGAGCAAACUGUAGCUGGCUGAACCAACCGAAAGCGGCGGGCUGUGAUACGUGCGAGUUGCACGGCCCAGUGCACUUGAGCACGAUUGCCUGCAAACAGUGUUUCUCUAAGACCCACAUGUUCAGUGCCUACCUUGCUCUUCUUAAGUUGCUCAUUUCUAUCACUCGCAGCAUCUCGCAGCUCCGGUCCAAGCGCAGCAAAUCCUCCGUGUCCUCAGCUAUUCCUGAAAUGCCUUGCGCUCGCGACGCCCCGGUGAUCGCGGCUUUGGGUGCAGCUGCCAUUGGCCUGGGCAGCGAAGCAUUCGUGGCCUCCAAGCCCGUCCAGGUGAAGAAAAAAGGUGUGCGAGUGGUGGAGGGCAAGGACAUGGAUGGGUGUCGCAGUUCAGCGGCUUUGAG